UGUAAAGCUCUUGUUCUCAUCUUCCGUAACAAAUAAUGAAAGUUUUAAGAUAAAAUUACAAAUGUAUACUGAAUCAAAUGGAAGGAUUCGUGUAUCAUUUUACCAUUGUAAACACAAACUUGAAUAAUUAUCUUUGAAUGGAUAUGUGUACUUUUUAUGGAUGCUGGAUGAUGAAUACUUCUCAGAACUAUACAUUAUUAUUUUCUGAAAUCUGAAAGUAGAUUUAUAUUUUCAGAAAAUAUCUGACGUGAAUGCAUUUAUUAACAUAAACUGAUAACGGACUACAUUUGUUGAGGUGAAUUGACUUUUAAGUUGGUAAAAAACACAUCAAGAUGUUUAAACGAAGCAUUGGUGAUGAUGGAACACAGAAAGAACAUUGCUUAAGCAAAAUACCCAAAUUGGCUGGACAUGAAGAUGUAUCAAAGAAAACUGGCGAAAUCUUUGAUACCGAAACCGAAAGUGUGUAUUCUGCAACAAAGAUCGAAGAGGAAACUAAUGUACAAUAUGAGCGUCAAGGAAGUGAAUUAGAGCGGCCUGGUUCCUCGUUCACACCGGAUGUGAACCCACUCGUUACUGAUGUAACCCCUGUAGGAAAUGUACACGAUGAGCAACAAGGAAGUGAAUUAGAGCGGCCUGGUUCCUUGUUCACACCGGAUGUGAACCCACUCGUUACUGAUGUAACCCCUGGAGGAAAUGUACACGAUGAGCAACAUGGAAGUGAAUUAGAGCGGCCUGGUUCCCCGUUCACACCGGAUGUGAACCCACUCGUUACUGAUGUAACCCCUGAAGGAAAUGUACACGAUGAGCAACAAGAAAGUGAAUUAGAGCGGCCUGGUUCCCCGUUCACACCGGAUGUGGACGAACUCGUCAUAGAAAAAGGUAAAGCUGAUAAUACCCUUGAAGGAAAUGUACAAGAUGAGCGACAAAGAAGUGUAUUGGCGCAGGCUAGUUCUUCGGUCACACCGGAUGUGGACAACCUCGUAAUAGAAAAAGGUAAAGCUGAUGUUACCCUUGACAGAAAGUCAGAUGAUAUUGUCGAAGACAGAAAUGAAGGAAGUUCAACUCCAGCGAAUGACACAAAAACGACAGGUGUGGAAGAAAAGAGGAAAGCUAAAAACUAUACAUGUAUAUUGGUAGAUACCGAAGAGAAGCUAAAGAUAGAGAUAGCCUGUAUUAAGGAUCUGAUCAAGACAGACCCGGUUGUAGCUCUUGACUGCGAAGGAGUUCACUUAUCGAGAAAAGGAGAAUUGUGUUUACUGUCAAUUUCGACCAGAAAAAGAGCAUUUCUUGUCGAUGUGUUGAAAUUCAAGUCAAUGGCUUUUGACCAAGGCCUUAAAGAUAUUCUUGAAGACACAAAUGUUAAGAAGCUAAUGUUUGACUGCAGAGAGGAUGCUGACGCCCUUUUGCACCAGUUUCAAGUAAAGUUGGCUGGAGUUCUGGACAUGCAGCUCCUGGAAAUAAUUAAACGUCCCCAAGAAACUCCGACACGCGCUGUAUACAGACGGUGUGACAAGUUACAUGAAGUUGUGCAUCUGAAAGGUCUUCUCAGAUGUAUGGAAUUGUUUAUUGAUAACAAGAAAUUGGUCGAAAGUAAAACAACGAAGUUAGGGCAGAUUAGCGACUGGAAAGAACGCCCACUGAGAAACAGCCAGCUUCGGUAUGCAGCAACAGAUGUGCUGGCACUGUUCCUCAUCUUCGACAAGCUGAGACCCACUGAUGAAGAGAAGCAUAGGCUUGAAAUUGCGUCCGCAAGGUAUGUUGACCUGAAACGUGCAAAAGUCGAGCGCACAUACGACGAGUUUGAAUAUAAUCGUUACCUUCCGAUUGAUAUAAUCCCAGAGAAAGGCCGCACGGGGUUUGAGUGCGGGAAUAUAUCGUGCACAGAAUGCCGAAGAAAAUUUCCAAGAAGUGAAUUUUCUAACAAACAAAUGAGAGAGGGGACGCAGAAAUGCAGAACAUGCAAGAGGGUGCAGCAAGAUAUCACUACAGAGGAGCAUAGGCAAUGGCAAUUCCAGAAAAGAGAUGAAGAGGAUGAUGGUGAAGAAGAGGAUUACUUGCCUAGAGGAGAUGACGAUUAUGUGUUAUACAGAUAUUGAUUGGGCUUUAUACUUUGGUGGCACAAUUGUUCUGCUGUGUAUUUGAAAUAUUAACUGUUGAAUUGUUGUACUUCAUUUUCAAUUAUACUCUGUACACUAUAUUAUAUGUAGUGUAUGUUGUGAUACUUAACCCGCUCAUUUUUGACUUUGGAUUACAAUAGUAUUUCUUAUCAAUAACUCUAAUUUCUGCUGUUGUUUGGAGCUCUGCACCCAAAUAGAUUGUGGUACUCGUAUCAGAUACCACAGCUUGACACUUGUAAGGAGUGGCCUUUUGAUUCCUCUCAAUUUCAAAAUAGUUUUAAACUAACCGUUCAUUAUUCCAUGCAUUACUAUUAUAACUAUUAAA